CUGCGAUUCUCUUUCUCUUCCCCCGUCGGUCGGUCGGUCGGUAUAAAGAUUUGCAGACCAGAUUGUUGAACAGAUGCAAGUGAAAGAGAGAGUAUGAAGGAGGAAAAUAUCAUAACGAAACCCUAACAGACUAAUCGUUGUCGAAAGUGUUUCCAAUGUGGAAGUUUGCGUCAAAUUGCAUUGGAAGUGGUAUAAGAGGAGGGAAUCUGAAGAUAAAUGAAAAAGCUACAGAAUGCACAGAUGAUGAUGAUGAUGAUGAAAUAUCUUCAAAUUGUUCAUCAAGGGUUGGAGAAGAUGAAGGACUGGAGUGUCCUAUAUGUUGGGAAUAUUUCAACAUAGUAGAAAAUGUACCCUAUGUAUUAUGGUGUGGUCACAGUGUUUGCAAGAAUUGCAUUCUGGGAUUGCAAUGGGGUGCCAUUAUUAAGUUUCUUCCAUUGCAGCUUCCACUCUUUAUAUCAUGUCCUUGGUGCAAUUACUUAUCUCCACGUCUGAUAUAUAAGGGAAAUCUCAAGUUCCCAUGUAAGAACUAUUUCUUACUAUCAAUGGUUGAGAGUAGGAAUUCUCAAAGAGUGAAAUCUCAUUCUUCAUUCUUCUGCCAUCAUGACAACUACUGUCCAUCGAGGGAACAACAGUAUAAUCAUAUGAGUGUGAAUUGUUAUGAUUUGGAGAGAUUGGUGCAGUAUAAUUGGUAUGUGAGAAAGUGUGUUGGAUUGAUUGUUGAGUUGAUGACAAAGUUCCCGCUUGUUGUAAUAUUCAUGGUGAUUGUGUUGUAUGCAGUUCCGGCUAGUGCAACAAUCUUGGCUCUAUAUGUAGUCAUCACGGUUCUGUUUGCGCUUCCUUCGUUCCUUAUUCUGUAUUUUGCUUAUCCCAGUUUGGAUUGGCUGGUGAAGGAGAUCAUUACUUCUUGAAACAGCAGCAGCAGCCAGCUUCCCCUGUUUCUAGUCAUUAUUAUUAUUGUUGUUGUACAAUUUGAUCUUACUAGAAGCUUGUCUUUGUAUGCAUUGUUUUUGUUGUUGGUCUUGUUUUGUACAUAAGACUAGACAAAGCCCAAGUCCCCCACAAUGGGUAUGCUUUGCCAGAUGUUAAGUGGUUGUAUUAUUAUUGUCAAGUAAAUGGUAAGCUACUUGAAUUGUCUCA